AAGGCAGGGCGGAACUUCUCAACUGCGUCGAAAGAAGGCGGACGCUCGGAGUUUGGACUUGAUUCCUGUUACUGUACAUCCAUAUACAAGUUAGCAUGGUGACGUGCUCGCCCUUUUUCUGACGUCCGUGGCUUGUUUAAGGCUGUUUGGGAGCCGUUUGAACUUCCCUGACGUCUUCCCUCGACGUGUUUUGACAAAAAGGGAGGCGGUGGAGCAAGCCAUCGGCAGCCAUCUUUGGACCUGCCUGACGCUGGGAGUGGGAUUCGACCAUUCUGGCAACCCAGUCACUUCUUUAGGGUGUGGAUUUUUUUUUCUCUUUUUAAAUUAACUCCGUCGUCUUCAUGUUGCCAUCGUGUGACAGCCUAAAGAACCACAAGAACCCGACUCGCUAAUUCGCCACGGUGGGAAUGACAAAGAAGUGGUGACCACAUAUGAGACCACGGUCCAGCAGAAGAGCCGUCAGUGGGGGCUAUUUAGUCGCUGUCGCAGACCCAGAUAGUUUGGCGGCAGCGGCAUUGCCCCCCAUCUCUCCAUUAUGCCCAACAGCAGUCGGGCGGGGAGCCUGAAGGACCCCGAAAUUGCUGAGCUUUUCUUCAAGGAAGACCCGGAGAAGUUCUUCACAGAUCUACGCGAGAUAGGACACGGCAGCUUUGGAGCUGUAUAUUUUGCACAGGAUGUGCGAACAAGUGAGGUGGUGGCCAUCAAGAAGAUGUCCUACAGUGGAAAGCAGUCCAGUGAGAAAUGGCAAGAUAUAAUCAAGGAAGUGAAAUUCUUGCAAAGAAUACAACAUCCAAACAGCAUCGAGUACAAAGGAUGUUACCUGCGAGAGCACACUGCAUGGCUUGUGAUGGAGUAUUGUCUAGGCUCUGCUUCAGAUCUGUUAGAGGUUCACAAAAAACCCUUACAAGAAAUUGAAAUAGCUGCCAUUACCCAUGGUGCUCUUCAGGGUUUGGCUUAUCUUCACUCCCACAACAUGAUUCACCGUGAUAUCAAGGCAGGGAACAUCUUACUGACAGAGCCAGGCCAGGUAAAACUUGCAGAUUUUGGCUCAGCCUCCAUCGCCUGCCCAGCCAACUCCUUUGUUGGGACACCAUAUUGGAUGGCCCCAGAGGUGAUCUUGGCUAUGGAUGAGGGCCAGUAUGAUGGGAAGGUCGACAUUUGGUCUUUAGGAAUAACCUGCAUUGAAUUAGCUGAGAGGAAGCCUCCACUGUUCAACAUGAAUGCAAUGAGUGCCUUAUACCAUAUAGCACAGAAUGAGAGCCCCAUGCUGCAGUCCAGUGAAUGGACGGAUUAUUUCAGAAACUUUGUAGAUUCUUGCCUACAGAAAUGUCCACAAGAUAGGCCGAACUCUGAGGAGCUCUUAAAGCAUGCCUUCAUCCAACGUGACCGUCCUGAAUCGGUUCUUAUAGACCUAAUAAAUCGGACGAAAGAUGCAGUGCGAGAGCUGGACAAUUUGCAGUAUCGCAAAAUGAAGAAGAUAUUGUUUCACGAAGCCCACAAUGGCCCCACCAUUGAAGCUCCAGAUGAAGAGGAGGAGCCAGAACACAGUGUGGGUAGAACAGGUACCGUGAACAGUGUGGGGAGCAACCAGUCCAUUCCCAGUAUGUCAAUUAGUGCCAGCUCCCAGAGCAGCUCUGUCAACAGUCUGACAGACGUUGGUGAUGACAAAAGCGAGGUGGACAUGGAGGGUGACCACACAGUCUUGUCCAACAGCUCUGUUAUCCAUCUCAAACCGGAGAAAGCGGCGUAUAACAAAGAUUCAGAACCUCAUGUUCGGCCGACUGAGUCUCAGUCCCAACCCGCAAACCUUCCACGGCCAAAACGGAACCGAGAACACUUUGCAACAAUACGCACAGCGUCUGUGCUCACUCGUCAAAUCAAGGAGCACGAGCAGGACUCUGAAUUAAGGGAGCAGAUCUUAGGCUACAAGCGCAUGCGACGGCAGCACCAGAAACAGCUGAUGGCCCUGGAGAACAAGCUGAAAGCGGAGAUGGACGAGCACAGACUCCGCUUGGAUAAGGAGCUGGAGAACCAGAGGAACAGCUUCGCUCAGGAGAUGGAGAAACUGAUCAAGAAGCACCAAGCAUCCAUGGAGAAAGACACAAAAACGUUUAGUAAUGAUGAGAAGAAAUUCCACCAGCACAUCCAGAGCCAGCAGAAGAAAGAACUUAAUAGUUUCCUUGAAUCACAAAAACGGGAGUACAAACUUCGCAAGGAACAACUGAAAGAGGAGUUGAACGAAAACCAGUCCACACCCAAGAAGGAGAAGCAGGAAUGGUUGUCCAAGCAGAAGGAGAAUUUCCAGCACUUCCAAGCAGAAGAGGAGGCCAACCUCCAGCGCAGACAACGGCAGUAUUUGGAACUGGAGUCCCGCAGGUUCAAACGGAGGAUCUUGAUUGCUCGCCACAACAUCGAGCAAGACUUAGUGCGUGAGGAAUUAAACAAACGACAGACUCAGAAAGACUUGGAACAUGCCAUGCUUCUACGACACCAUGAGUCCAUGCAAGAACUGGAGUUCCGCCAGCUGAACACCAUCCAGAGGACGAGGGCCGAGCUCAUCCGACUUCAGCACCAGACAGAGCUCACUAACCAACAGGAGUACAACAAGAGAAGGGAGCGGGAACUGAGACGCAAGCAUGUUAUGGAGGUUCGCCAACAACCCAAGAGCCUCAAGUCAAAAGAGCUACAAAUCAAGAAGCAGUUCCAGGACACUUGCAAGAUUCAGACUCGGCAGUACAAGGCAUUGAGGAAUCAUCUGCUGGAGACCACACCAAAGUCAGAGCACAAGGCCGUGUUGAAGCGUCUGAAACAAGAACAGCACCGCAAACUCGCCAUCUUGGCAGAACAGUAUGACCACUCCAUCAAUGAGAUGCUGUCCACACAGGCGCUUCGUCUGGAUGAGACUCAAGAAGCACAGUGCCAAGGCCUCAGAAUGCAGCUACAGCAGGAGCUGGAGCUUCUAAACGCCUAUCAAAGCAAGAUCAAGAUGCAGACAGACGCACAGCACGACCGUGAGAGGAAAGACCUGGAGCAAAGGGUGUCGCUACGCAGAGCCCUGCUGGAACAAAAGAUUGAAGAGGAGAUGAUGUCCUUGCAAAACGAACGCUUGGAGCGAAUCCGCAGCCUGCUGGAACGUCAAGCACGAGAGGUUGAGGCUUUCGACUCUGAGAGUAUGCGCCUGGGUUUCAGCAACAUGGUGCUAUCAAAUGUCUCCCCAGACGCCCCCGGCCAUAGCUAUCCGGGGUCCCCGGGAAGUUGGGGGCAGCAGCAGCAACAACAACAGCACCCAUCAGGGAGCUUUCAUGGGCCACACUGGAGCAGUGGCAGCUUGAGCACAGGCCCGAGCCGCCAAAGCAGCCAUCGCCCCUAUCACUCCAGUCCCGGGGGCCCACCUAUGCAGCAAAGCUGGGGGCAAGGCAUGCAGGGCGGCGGUACUCCACAGCCAUGGGGUCACCCUUCGGCAGUAUCCCUUAGCUCUCGCAGCAGUGCCGGUGCACAAAACAGCCCCCAAGGGAUGGGGAGGACACCGCCUGGGGCCCACAGUGAGCAGGGCAUGAGCAGGAGUACCAGCGUCACCUCUCAAAUAUCCAACGGGUCCCAUCUUUCCUACACAUAAGUCAACCCACAAAGAUGCAACAAAUUCCGGGUGAGCUCCGCAGUUCCGUCUUUCCGCUACACUUCCUCCAUUUCCUUUCACUGUGUCAUGAAAUACAUGUUGCUCAGGUUAAAGGGGCUGCAAAGGGGUGCGGCCCCGACUCCUCACAGUUGAUCAGCAAGCAUACAGAUCCUUUAGCUUUAUCUUAGAAAGCAAUUUGAGUAUCAACAAAUAAUCCUUUUUUUUUACUGAUGAAUAUGAAAAGUACCCAUUUUGCACAUGAAAACACUGUUGAAAGCCUUUGACUCGUGUCAAUCACAGUAAUCAAAAAUAAAUGCCAUUUCCUCUAGAAGUUGCCUGCAGUUUUACACUGGCCCAUACUGUGCUUGUAGACAAUGUUGUCAUGCCAGCCUGCUGUAAUGGUCAUUGGGAGCCAUUCUUUUAGUUCAUUUUCACACUUGAAACCAAAUAAACAAAACACUUCUUUCAGUCCUAGGCUACAAAUUUGACUACAGUGCCUUUUUCUAUUAUUUUUCGCUUUCAAAGAUAGGUCUUAAAAUGUGAAUAGUGUGAUAGUGUAAAUGUAGUCAGGAUACAUUUAGCACUCAUUAUCCUGAAGUCUUAGUUCCAUAAGGCCCAAAUAUAUUCAGAAUUGUAUUCACUGUGUACAAUAGUAUGUGCUGAGUAGUCUUAGAAAUCAUGACAAAUAGAAACAAUGUGGAAUAUUCAGUGAUGUUGCUAGGCAUGUGACUUGUGUCCUUAAUGCAUUCAAAUCGGAAGGGAUGUGGUAAAGUCACUAUGCAUGCGUCCAUGGGAGGCACCUCAUUCUUCCCAUGCAAAAACAAUGCUGCAGUUCAAUGCUGCCACAAUCUGAUGGAUGGAUGGAUCGGAGGCCAAAAAAAACGGAUUAGAUGCCAAAAAUGCCGAUUGGGACAAUUAUGCUUCGAGGUGACAUAUAUUGCACAUGCAUUGUACAAAUCAGGUAGCCUGACGCGUGACUGCAGAAAAAUAGGUCGACAAGCUGCCGACUGGAUGUAGACGCGUUUUGCACAUUCCGAUACAGAUUGAGUAAUGACAGCGGUGAUGGAAAAAUACUUUGAAUGAUGGUCGCCAUUUUGGUAAGCUCAGAUGUUUUGUUUUUCUAAAAUCAGCAUGGGGAGGGAAAGUGAAUGCCAAAAUGCCACCCAAUAAAACACACUCAGCCAUUGAGGGGAGGGGCCCCUUUUGCUGGGGCGGGGGCGUGGUGUUGUGGCCAGGUGAGGCAGUGAAUGGGUUCAUUGGUGGCCGUUGUAGGGCUGCUGGGUGUUUGCUGUGGGUGUCUGGGGUCGGUGAGGCCCUGGGCCCCUUUGGGGGGGGGUGCGGGCGCAUUGUCGCUGCCAUCGGCGCCGCCGGGUCGGUCCGGAUCCUGGUCACGGCGGCGGAUUUCAGCCGUGGGCUCUGGACAUUUGAAAACAACUCAAUAACAUUUGAAAGCGAAACCCUAUUGCUUGUCACUUAUUUAAGAAAAAAUAAUACAUGAUUUUUUUUUUUUUAAUUGGCGACCCAUUGAAUUUCCCAGGGACCGACUCAAAUGACCACAUAUGGGUCUCGGACACUCCAGGAGUUGAAAACCUAUCAACAUCACUGCAUAUUGGUGUCUUUUAAUUGUACUUAUUUUAGAGUGGAGGUGGAAGUGACAUAUCAGUGUCCAAAAGAGACACAUUUGCCUUCAAAAACAAUCACAAAUCUUGGAUUAUUUUAGUGCCUUUUUUUUUAUUAAAACUGCUGCCUUCUCAAAAAGCACUUUAUGCUGAAUGCAAGAUAUUUUUUUAAAACUAGUAAUAGUGGACUUGUAGUCACACAAAAAAAAAUGGUAGAUGAGUGUUAUGUGGAAUGAGGAGUGAAGGGGUGUGUUGUGAUUUAUUUUUGUUUAUAUUUUUAUUCAAAGAAGUACACAGCAAGCUUGGUGUGUGUGUGUGUGUGUGAGUGACAACGCACCAUAAAACCUUAGUGUGGAUGCUGUGAGCUAUGGUCCUAGAAUUAAAACUCCUAACUUCAGAUCCUGUUUAGAUGCAGGUAGCUUUUCAGCUCCAUGACCAUGACCGCAGGCUUGGCUCCACUUAAGGGAAACGACACCACAGCCCCAGUAAUGUCACACAUUCAUAAGACAUUGCAUUCAUGCACUGCACACAAAGAUACAAGUGGAAUAAGAACAAAUGCUGCAUCAAGCACUUGAGCCUGGCAGGCAUUUUUUUAAUAGUUAUAAGAAAAGCAUGCAUUGCAUUACACAACUUUUAAGCAUAUGUAAAUCAUGUUAAAUGUCCGCAUUUGUGUGUGUGUGUGUGUGUGUGUGUGUGUUUGUUGGAACAUUUGAAAUUGUUAAUUUCAGAAACUGGCUGAUUGAUGGCAGAAAUCUUACAAAUUAGUAGCCAAAAUGUGCAUCUCAAUAUUACAAUCAUCUAAUAGUGUAUGUAAGUACUUUUGGUUUCGGGUACCAAAACUCCUAAGUAAUCAUUAUUAUUACUGGUUAAGUCAAAUGUAUUGAUCCUUCCUUGUGUCAAAGAGUUUGAAUGUUAGACCGCCGUCAUCUCACCCUCCAUGCCAACCUUCAAUUUGUACGCAUGUUUUCUUCACUUUGUGUGUGUGUGUGUGUGUGUGUGGGCGUGCACGGGAGAGAAAGAGCCUGCUUAUAUUGUUAUUAAUGCCAACUCUCCACCAACCUGGAUUAAAUUUUGUACUUUUAACUUUUGUCAAGUUUUGUCCUACUGACUGACUGAAACGCAUAUGGGGUACUGAAUUAAGAGUUGGCAACAGGCAAGAGAGCGGCCAUCUUUUCUGUGGUCCAAACACUGCCAUAGUUGCAGAGUCCGGGUGUCGCCACAUUGUUUAGUUUUUUUUUUUUUUUCUUCCAUCACUGGGCUUGAAAACAA